GUUCCCCCUUCUCUUUCUCCCCAUCUCACCCGUCCUCAUUCAGCUCCAUCUUCUUUCCUUCUUUUUUUCUUUUUUUCUUUUUUUCUUACUGUCCUUCAUUUCCCACUUCUUGGUCUGACUCACCUCUCGAGGUGAUUCACCCCUCUAUCAGCUUGCAACUCUCGACCAACCCCCUUCAGCUAUGCAAUACGAAUACCAGUCUCAGCAACCAUCUCAAGCACCACCACCGCCGUCCCAGCAACAGUGGGGUGCCAAUGAACUUGCCCCUCCAGGCAACAGUAACAGCAAUAUGCCAUACAGCGGAGGAUUGACAACCGCAGCGGCGAGCACCAGUUCUGAGAACCUGUUUGAUCGCUCGACCGAGGGGUUCCCCAGGUCUGCGAUCGAUCAGUCCACGGCGGCCAAGUAUCGACUGGAACAUCAUUACAGCCUGCAAUUGGAGCAGGCCAUUGAGAGAAACGAGAGGCGCGUAGAGCUGGAGACACGAUUAGAGACAGAGCAAGGAAGUGAAGAGCGAAAGAACCGUCAAUUGACCGCGUUAGGUCGCAAGGAAUCACAGUUUCUGAGGUUGCGCAGGACAAGGUUAGGCCUGGAUGAUUUUGUCACUGUCAAGGUGAUCGGAAAGGGCGCCUUUGGAGAGGUGCGGCUCGUCCAGAAGUUGGAUUCAGGAAAGAUUUAUGCCAUGAAGACUCUUCGCAAGGCAGAUAUGUUCAAGAAGGAUCAGUUGGCCCAUGUCAAGGCGGAGAGAGAUGUUUUGGCAGAGUCAGAGUCGCCAUGGGUGGUGCAACUGUACUACUCGUUCCAGGAUCCACAGUACCUGUAUCUUAUCAUGGAGUUCUUGCCCGGUGGAGAUCUGAUGACGAUGCUGAUCAAGUACGACACGUUCUCGGAGGAUGUGACACGAUUCUAUAUUGCAGAGUGUGUGCUCGCCAUCGAGGACAUUCACAAGAUGGGCUUUAUCCACAGAGAUAUCAAGCCUGACAAUAUCUUGAUCGACCGCGAUGGCCACAUCAAGUUGUCGGAUUUUGGAUUGUCGACUGGGUUCCACAAGACACACGACUCGCAGUUUUACCAGCGGCUGUUGGAUGGUCAGGCCAAGGGCAAUUCCGGUAGUAACAACAACAACGGCAAUGAUGGGGUUAUCUCUUUAGAAGCCGGAGUCGAUGCCAUCAACCUGACGUUCUCCAGCAAGGACAAGUUGGCGACCUGGAAAAAGAACCGCCGUACCCUUGCGUAUUCGACAGUAGGAACGCCAGAUUACAUUGCACCCGAGAUCUUUUUGCAACAGGGAUAUGGUCAGGAGUGCGACUGGUGGUCAUUGGGGGCCAUCAUGUUUGAGUGCCUCGUCGGAUACCCACCCUUCUGCAGCGAGAACGCGCAUGAGACAUACCGCAAGAUCAUGAACUGGCGCGAACAAUUGUAUUUCCCAGAGGAUGUGCAUCUCACGCCUAAUGCCGAGGAUCUUAUCCGCAGACUGAUCUGCGCACCCGAGAUGCGACUGGGCCGCAACAGUGUGCAGGAGAUUAUGGGCCAUCCGUUCUUCCAUGGGGUCGACUGGGUGAAUAUCCGGCGGAUGGAGUCCCCGUUUGUGCCGGUGUUGACGUCGAUCACGGACACGAGUUAUUUCCCGACCGAGGAUCUGGAGAAAGUACCGGACCAUCCGGAACAGCACGACUAUAUGGUUAGCGAGGAUUCGAAACAGAAGGAUCUGGCCUUUGUAGGGUACACGUUCAAGAGGUUCGAGUCCUUGACGAAGCGCAAUGCACUUUAGAGAGAGAGAAACUACAAACUACGAAUUAUAUACAUCUAGCAAUACACAACACACGCACGUAUGCACGCACGUACACUUUUACUCCCUCUCUCUCUUUUUUUCUCUUUCUCACUGACCGCUGUUUGUGUAACUUGUAUUAUUUUUCUUCUGGAGCUGAGCAGCGAAAUAAAUAUUUACGAAAAAAAAA